CGAUGCUAUAACCUUUUCUAAUGAAAAUGAAGUUGAGUUAAAUAAGUCAAUUACAUCUGAUGCAUCAGAAAAUUUACAUAAUUUGGAUGCUGAAUCGAAUUCUAGUAUACUUGAUCAAUCUACAUCUCAUAAUAGUGGCAUUAUAGUAACUAAUAGUUUAGAUAAACAGAUUAAAAAAAGAAAAGCUUUUACCUUUAAAGUACAAAAUGAAGAUGGUAUCGAAGUAAAAUGCAAUCACGAAUAUAAAUUAUCAACUGAAACAGGAAAUCUAAAAUCUCAUCUGUACCAAAUUCAUAGAAUUUUACUUCCUGAGAAAGAUAACAACCAAUUAACACAAAUA